CGGAGGACAGCCUAGCCCGCAAGCUUCAAGGACAAGAGCCAGAAGGAAGUUGGAAAGAAUCUGCUUGGAAGCAUGACUGCCAAACUGAUUGCUGGGCUUCUGGCAGCUUUCCUGCUCUCUUCAGUGCUGUGUGAAGAUGCAGUAGUUUUAAGAUUUAAUGCAGAACUUCGAUGCCAGUGCAUAGACACUCACUCUAAGCCUUUCCAUCCCAAAUACAUCAAAGAGCUGCGGGUGAUCGAGAGUGGACCUCACUGCCCACAUUCAGAAAUCAUUGUAAUUCUCACCUCAAAUAAAGAAGUCUGCCUGGAUCCUAAGGAAAAGUGGGUGCAGAGGGUUGCACAGAAAUUUUUGAAGAGAGCUGAAAAGGAAGAGCCAUAAAAAAAGAAUAUUCUCCAUGUUUUCCAAGAGUUCCUUAACAGAGAAGCCAAUGAAACUUCAAACAAAUCCAUUUUAUCAGUCUGUGUACAGUGUGGCGCUUGUGGUCGGCUGUCAAAAGAAGUUCAGGAUGCCAGUUAGAUAUGAAUUUUCAUAAAAUAAUUGAUAGUUUUUUCAAUAUAACUGGAAAUGCUAUAUUUGAGGGUGGGGGUAUGCUGGUCAGAAUCCAUGAGACUCAUUGUACCUCUGUUUAUUUUUUAUUCCUGAACAGGAGAGAAAGUAUCAGGCACCACACAUAUCCUCAUGUGAGGAUUUAGAAUAAUUUAGAGGUUAUUUUUUUUUUCAUGGCUUCAAAUGUAACUUAUUCACCUAUUUAUUAUUUAUGUAUUUAUUUAAACAUAAAGCAUAAUAAUUUUUGCGUGUGAAUUUGGAAAAUUGGGAAAGGAAACACUGUUAAGAGGACUGUAGUGAAUAACAGGACAGAUGGGAGUGGACUUAUAUUUAUUUUACAUAUUAAAUCUUAGAGAAUUGUUUUGCUCAGGGUUACUACAUUUUGAUCAGUUGCCAGAUUUUGCAGAAUUAAACCCCAAAAUGGGACAUUUGACUUUUAUUUCAGACAAAAAAGAAUGGUUCUUUAGUACUAGUGCAUAAUUAUAUGAUAUUGUAAUUGAACCAGCAAACAGCAAAAGUUUACAAA